GAGAAAAAGGAAAAAGAAAAGAAGAAGAAAAAAAAGAGAAGAAAAGGAGACGCAAAAAGCAUAAACCCUAGACAAGCCUCCCAUCUCUAUUUGUUUGCCACGUGUCAUCAGCCACAAACUCCUUAGAUUUCCCCUUAUUACCGAACCCAAUUCCUCCAUCUUCUUCAGUUCUUCUUCACUCUCUAUCUCUCUGUUCUUCCUCUCUUCUUCUCUAACCGCUCACAAAAUUUACAGAGCAAAAAUGGAACAAAACAAACCGUGCGUUUUGCUCAAUACAUAUAACGAAGAUGAAAUACAAGUAGCCAAUAUUCUACUCGAUCUUCCCAAUCUUUUCACACAAAAACAAUCUCCUUCUCAUCUUUCUUAUUCAUUUAGUUGGGGUACAAAAAAGAGGAGAUCUAAUAGAAACGGUACUGAUUUUUCAUCUCGUGUCAACUCAUCUUCUAUACAGGGAAGUUCAAACGAAAUUGAAACUACCAAAAUUAAGGCUGAAGUUACUAGCCCUGCUACUCCUCUUUCCUUUUCCCCUAGUGAAUCUGAUGAUAAAUCCAAACAUUCUUCUCGCAAAAUCCUCAAACGAAAGACGAGAGAGGAGUUAAUGGAUAUGAUAAACCAAUUAUCUCAGUGCAGAGAAUCGCUUAAAGGGGAAGUGGAGAAUGUUCGGAAUUUCUACAACAGCCAAAAAGCUUAUAAUCUGAAGUUGAAAGCAAUGAAAGAACAGGUAACAAGAAUGUUGAAUAUUCAAGGGCCAGGUGUUAAUUUAGGUCAAAUUUGCAACAAACCUGAAAUGGAGCUCAAUCGUCAACAGCCGUUCGUUGUGGAUCAGAUUUCUUUAGGAUCAGAAACUUUCCAUAGAUUUCAGUACCCAUUGGGCCAGUUGCAACAGGCCCAGCCCAUAUUCUCACCUAAUAAUGGAUUGGGCUUUGUGAAUCAUUUGGGCCUGGGCCCAAUAGGUAUUCCGGAUCUAAAUGUUACUGUGGAUGAGCCCAUACCUUUUGAUCUUGACAGAAUAAAUGUUGAGAGAAAGGCCCAAUUUGCUGCAGCUAGGAGGAGGAGAAUAAAUAAAAGAAUAGAAAUUAGGAAUGUCUCUGGUUUUAUAAGACCACAAAGAAGAAGAUAGUGGUAAUAUUGUCUUUCUUAAAUUCCUUUUUAACUAUAGAGUUAUAUGAUUUUUUUUGUCAGUGGUAAAAAAAGCCAAUUGAGCAAAGCUCUUUUUUUGGGCCAUAUUGCUAAGUGAAACUGUAUCGUAUAUUAGUUAUAAAGAAGUUGGUGAGAUAAUAUGAUUUAUAUA